AUGCCGACCCCAUUUAACUUGCCCGAGCCACAGCAGCCAAGCGACAAAAGCUCGUGGAAGCUGUCCAGCAUGAACCUGCUGCAGGCAGUGCUGGGAAAUGCAUCAGGACCUGAUUGGACAACCGCGUGUUCUAUAACGGAGGAUGAUGCCGCAAUGCUGAAGAUGCAGGAGUCCUCGUUUCUGGGCGUGGAAGGAGCUACAUCGCUGAAGGCUGAAAUUACUGGUAAAAUUCCAGAACUGAAUUCCGCAGCGCACUACCGAUCUGCACGCAAGCUGGUGCAGGACCUGGGGGGCGCACCCGCUUUGAAAGAGGAGCUGAUCUAUUCAGGGUAUGUGGACGGCGAGACUUCGAAGCUGACGCUGCUGGAUCGGCCGAUGAACAUCUUCGCUUUGCUGUCAAGCGGCACUAUGAAGCAGCCAGAAUCUGAAGCCGAGCAAGACAUGCUGGGCACGUUCAAGGGGAAGUUCAUGAUAUGCCGGAACAAGCUGGAGAACGAUAUCAAUUGGGACAACCCGGAUAUGAAGUGGGUCAAGACAUCAUCUAUGGCACGUUUGCAUCGCUUCUUGACAACGCGAGAUCUACAUUACCAGUGGUUCAACCCCUUGAUCUUUGGACUGGUUCCAACAGAUGACGACGGGGUCACUGCAAGGUCCGCAUUGGCUGAAGUGGAGCAGAUGAAGUCUGCGGCUCUGCUGUUUGCGAAGAAUGCAGGCUGGUCGGACAAGGUUGGUCUUUUUGUGAAUGUGUUCGGCCACAACAACGUGAAUUCGCUGUUCAUUCACGUAUUAGACAUGUCCGAGCUUGGACCUGCAUUCAGCUACCAUUCCUUCAAGAACUGCCCACUGGAUGACGUGAUCAAAGUCCUUAGAGAAGAGGCAGCAAGCAAUUUUCUGCCAGCUCCUGUGAAAACCACAGACCUUCCUGGACUCAUGGAGAAAGCAGGGGCCCGUCGGCGCCGCAUGUCCAUGAUUGGCGAAACCCGUGCAGGAGGCGGAGGUGGCAAUUUCUUUUUUGCUGGCACAGACGGUGCAACAUCUGUGAAAGCUGAGGUUGUUGGGCGUCUUCCUAUCAUUAAGGAUGCGGCAAGCUUCCGCGCCGCAAGGAGAAUGCUCAUGGAGGAGCUUGGAGGUAUGCCGACCCUCAAGGAAGAGCUGAUGAGGUCAGGAUUUAUUGAUCCAGUGACUGGCAACCUGACCACUGGUACUCGGCCGUUCAACGUUUUUGCCCGGAUUGCUGGCGGAGUGAUGACGCAGCCAGGUAUGGACAAAGAGCAAGAGUACCUAGGAGAAUUUCAGAACCAUUUCAUAGUUGCCUCGAACUUGCCAGCCAACGAUGAGCAUUGGGACUCCGAAGACAAGGAAUGGGUAGGGAAGGCUUCGAUGUCGAAGCGCCACCGCUUCCUGACCGUUCGAGAUCUUCACUGGCAGUGGUUCAAUGUUUUGGGCUUUGGACUUUUGCCUGAGUCGAAAGGAGGUGCUGGACUCGGUCGGGCCAUCGCUUUAAUCGAGGUGAUGAAAGCCGCAGCACUUCGGUAUGCGCAGAACUGCCCGGGAUGGAGUGAUCGGGUGGGCCUGUUCUACCACGUCUUCGGUCACAAUUCCGUCAACUCCUUACACCUCCAUGUUUUGGACAUGGCAGAGCUUGGUCCGACUUUUUGGCACUACGAAUACAAGAACUGCCCCUUGGACGUAGUGCUCAAGGUCUUGAAGGAGGAGGCCACCUCAAACUCCAUGGGUUCCGAGAAUCUUGGCCUUAUGGCAGAAGUUACAGAGGCUGCCACGGCUGCCGCAAAGGCUGCGGCGGCAGCUGCAGAAGCUGCCCUUUCCGCGCAGCGCCCUAGUGUAAAGGGUCCGAAUGGUGUAGAGAUCCUUACGAUCAAUGUUGGAGGAGAGCUUCUGACAGUGAGCAGGCAGACAAUGCUUCAGGCUCCGGAAGGUAGUCGCCUUCGAAUGCUCUUCCAGGACGACAAGCUCCGCAUGUCGCAACUAGAUGCGAAUCAGCGGCCAUACCUCAAUUACCCGGCACCUGCCUUCAAAUGCAUCGUCGAUCACCUCCGGUUGUUGGCGGAGCUUCCACCAGCGAAUGUGCUGGAGCCUUUGGUUGCGCCUCCUUGGCUUGACACACAGGUCCGCGAUCUAGCUUGGAUUCUCGGCGUUGAGAAUAUGAUCGUCGACCCGCAGUCUGGCACGAACUUUGGCACAGCACGAUUAGCGAGGCGAAUAAGCAGGCCGUUCUGUUGCGUGAGGAGGCGCCCUCAGGGCCUGGGCCUUGCUAGCGACGGGGAUGAUGCUGAAGCGUCGGACUCUAAGGUUUGA